AUGACUUAUAAUCGGAUCGCUGUUUACGGACAUCGAGGCUGGGUCAGCUCUGCUGUCUUCGCCGCCCUCGUGAAAUCCGGCGCCCCUGUCAAGGUUCUCUAUCGUCCAAGCUCUGACGUUAGUGAUCUCCCCAAAGGUGUCCCAUCUAUCGAGGUGGACAUGGACGACCAAGAGGCCGUUGAAGCCGCGUUGCAGGAUGUCGACAUUGUCAUCUCCUUGGUCGGCCAAGAGGGUAUUACUCGACAACAUGGGCUCGUGAACGCCAUUCCUCAAACGAAUGUCAAACUUUUCGUUCCUUCGGACCUCGCAUUCCGUUGCGAUGAACAAGGACUGCAAAUCGCAGUGAAUCGGGGAAAAAUCGAAGUGGAGGAAGCUGCGAAGAGAAAAGGCAUCCCGACAACUAUUGUUCUUCCUGGGCUUUUCGCAGAGUCUUUCUUGUGUACUGGUAUGGUUGGAGUAGAUAUAGCCAAGAAUCGAAUCGUCUUCUCUGGGGACAGCGAACACCAACUCGUGAACAUUUGCACGAGAGAAUACGUCGCAGCUGCAUAUGCCGCCCUCUUCGCCACAAGACCCAUCUCCGAGUUGGAAAACAGAGCCAUCGGUCUAUCAGAGAUUCAAGCUACGGGCGGAGAAGUUGCCAAAGCCUUGGAAAAGAGACACAAUGCUUCUCCUACGAUCUUCCGACACAGUUUAGAGGAAGUGGAUCGCCAAGUGGAAUACCACUUGCAAAAGGGGCUGUCUCUCGCCAAUCUAUGGUAUUGUCGCAGGGUCUGGGGGGCUGGUAAACUUCCAGAGCUGAUUGGAUCGGACAUAUGGGAGGUGGAGGAUUACAAGAAGAUGACUUUGGAGGAGUUGAUUGUUGAUGGUAAACUGGUCGGGUACCGUGAGGUGUCGCCGGAGUUCGAGGCAAUUGUUGAUGGGAUGUUUUAUUAA